AUCGCAGUACGUACGGCUUGAGCUCUGAGCCACUAGACUAUCACAUGUGUCACACGGACCACGUAGCUUGCUAGAUAGAUAGGGAGGAAGCUAUAUAUCUAUAGCCAUAGCUCCCGCCGGUCGUUGAAGUGAACAUGGUGGCGGUGGCCGAAGCUGCUGGUACCUGUGGUGGUCCUCCUAAGGCCAAGAUGGCCGGAGGGGAGAAGCUGAUCAUCCGGUCCGACAAGGUCCGGCUCAUUGACAUCCUGUCGAUGCUGCUCCUGCGUCGGCCCAUCACCAGCUACUCCUUCGUGGAAGCCAGCGAGCAGACCACGCUCGACGUUGGCGACGAGCCUUGCGGCAUCAUCGUCCCGCUCACCGAGAUCAUCAUCAAGUUCCUCGCCGCCGCAUACUGGCCGGCCAAGGUGUUCUGCAUCGCCCUCGAGUUCCUCCUCAACUUCGUGGCGCUCAACGGCGGCAUGCUUGGCCUUGGCAUCAUAUGGAACAUCUUCAAAUGCAAGCUUGUGAUCCCGCUGAACCGGCAGGCGCCCGACUUCCGGACGAUAAUCGGGAUGAUCGAUGGGAGGACGGAGCUCAAGUUGGGCACGCCGGAGGUGGCUGGCGGUGGCGGCGAUAUGCGACAGCUGCAUGUGCACGACACGGUGGUCUUUGGCGAAGCUGCAGACCUAGAGAGCGGCGAAUGCACCCUAGCGGCACUCCUCGUCCAGCAACGGGACCCCAUCCCCGAGGUCACCGUCAUGGCGGCUAAGAUCGCGUAUGAGAACCCUGCAUAUAUUGAGAACGUUGUCAACAACGUCUGGAAGUUCAAUUUCGUGGGAUUCUACAACGGUUGGAACAGCUUCCUGAAUCAGGACACGACGCAGGCGUUCGUGAUGACCGACAGAGCCAAGGACGCGAGCGCGGUGGUGCUGGCUUUCCGUGGCACGGAGCCGUUCAACACCAAGGACUGGUCGACGGACGUGGAGCUGUCGUGGCUGGGCUUGGGCGCCAUGGGUCACGUCCAUGUCGGCUUCCUCAAGGCGCUGGGCUUGCAGGAGGUGGCCGAGGACAACGCCGAGCGCGCCUUCCCCCGCAAGGCCCCCAAGGGCAACAAGUCCUUGGCCUACUACCAGCUCCGCGAGGUGGUCCGGCAGCAGCUCGACAAGCACCCCGCCGCGCGGCUCGUCGUCACGGGCCACAGCCUCGGCGGCGCGCUGGCCGCCAUCUUCCCGGCUCUCCUGGCGCUGCACGAGGAGAAGGGCCUCCUGGGCAGGCUCGGCGCCGUGCUGACCUACGGGCAGCCGCGCGUCGGCGACGGCACGUUCGUCGGCUUCCUAACCGCCGCGACCAAGGCGGCGCGCUACGACCGCGUGGUCUACCGGUACGACUUCGUGCCCCGGGUGCCGUUCACGGCGCCGGUCGCCAGGUACAGCCACGGCGGGACCUGCGUGUACUACGACGGCUGGUACGACGGCAAGGAGCUCGCCGGCGACGAGCCCGACCCCAACUACUUCGACCCGCGGUACGUGCUGUCCAAGUAUGGCAACGCGGUGGGCGACCUGCUCAAGGCGGCGUUCCUCUGGGCCAGCGCCGGCAGCGACUACCGCGAGGGCAUAUGCUCCCUUGCAUACCGCUGCGGCGGCCUCAUCUUCCCCGGCUUCGCGUCGCACAGCCCACGCGAUUACGUCGACGCCGUCCGCCUCGGCCGCAUCACACCCAAGCAAAUUUAAUAGUACGACACAACGAUCGGCCGGCUAGAAAGACAGACGGUCCGGUCGAUGAAUAAAUCGCUUUAUAUGUCGCUAUACUUGAAAGGGUUUUUCUUUGAAAAGGAGGCUGAGACUCUCCCAGCCUCUUGUGUGUGCAAAGUGUGUACUAGUACUAGUAGUAUGUGAAUAAAGCCAUGGGUGAGUGUAACACGGUGUGACCACUACUAAUAUAUGUCUGGAAUGUAUCAUAAAUUUAAAAGUAUUGGUUGAAAGUA